AAGUUGUGCCGCGGGGACAUUAUCUCCUUGUCAUCAUGCAGUAUCAUAAGGGCUUAUCUCCAUUGUGAUGUACUUAUAUCUAGUUGACACUUGCUGCAGGCUGGUAAUGCCAGCAGCUCCCCUUGGGAUAGGCUGUUGCUUCUUAAAGCUGAAAUUGGCAAAAAAGAGUCAUACAUUCCUCACAGUAGAGCUGCGAUCAUGGUCUGUAGAUGCAAUGCAUUGACUCCAUGAGAUUGAAAGUCUUCAGGUGUCCUCUAGAGGACUUCAGUUAGUGCUGAAUUGCCUGCAUCUACUCUGAAAACCUGUGUUGUUGCCAAUGCAGGUACACAGGCAUGCAGAGUGGUGCCAAUGCACUUGAGGAUCACAUGCCUUGCUGACUCAUCUGCAGCUCCUCAGGAAGCUCAUGUUCUCAUGUUUGGAAACUGCCCAUAAACUAUGCUUUCUUCAAACUUGCACAUAGUUGACCACAUUGUAUUUCAACUGUGUCCAUGUCAUGCCUAAUUUGGUGGUUUCCUAAGAUAUACUGCAUCUGGGUGUCUCUUCUCAGUGCAAAGUUGACUCAGGAGGUAAAAGUGAAAGAUUCAGGGGAGAAAGUAGAAGUUCAGUUUCGUGUACACUUCCUCCAUUUCACGUAUUUCUGCGGAGCCCGUUUACUCAGAUUCAGGGGUUACCCUUCCUUGAGCAGACUUGGUUCAUUUAACUGCUUCCAUUUGGUGCAUCAUAAGGCAAGUCUGCUUUGUCUACUGAACGUUUCUUUGCUCAUUCUUUUCUUGUUUGUGAAAGUGGAGUUCUGUAGUGAUCAGAGAGGCAAGUGACGAGUUUGUAGUGGAUGAUGAGAGUGGUCGAUGUGGGAUAGGUGGAACAGUUGUGCAGGUGAUGCAUGUUUGUAUUGUGCCCGCCCAGGACAGAUGCUGCGCUACUUGCGGAGUUCAGACACGGACCCGUGCAAGGACUUCUACGAGUACGUGUGCAGCCAGUGGGCAUCGCAGCAACCCCCUGGUACCUCCCAUGUGGAUGCUGAUGGAGCCUUGGCAGCAGAGAUUGAGGCCAGGAUGGACUCGUUCCUCAAUGGUCCGGAAAUGUCAAGCAUCCGGCCCUUAUUCACAUUCUGGACCAACUGCAACCAUCAGGCACCAGUCCCACAAGACCGUGUCCUGAGCCAUGUGCGACAACUUGGCCUGGAGCUGCCAGGUUCACGGGCACCAACAUCGCCUGAGCGCCUCAUGGUGCUUGCUGUGACGCUGGCUCAAGAGUUUGGCCUCUUUGCACUGCUUACGGUUGAGCUUGACAGUGAUCCAGAGGGCAAGGUCCAACACGUGCUGGCGGUUGACGAGCCAGAACUGGCAUGGGGCCGGAUGAAGCCUCCGCUAGUCACCACUGAGCACACCAUGUACUGGAACAUGCUCAUGAGGACAGCACAGCCUCUUGCUUCGUUACUGCUUUCGGAUGCCACCGCAAUCCAGUCUGCAGCCCACAGCUUUGCACGUAUCACCAUGGCCAUGACCAAUGUCUCGGUUGCCCACCGCCACAUCUCAGACCGAAUGGGCCUGUACGAGGUGCACAGCUACCAGGAACUGAACAGGCUGAACCCGUGCAGCUGCUCAACGGCCUUUUCGGGAGCAGCCAAGACCUGCGGCCUUCCUCUCGGCUGCUUGUCAAGGCACCCCGCUUCGUGGACCUCGUCUAUAACCUCCUAGCCACAGACAGAGAAGCCUUGCACCAGUACAUGGUCCUACUGGCACUGCUGCACUUGGCUCCAGUUCCUGGACGUGCCGGAUGCGUCCAGUGCCUUCCUGGGUUCCCUGACGGGCGAGGCCGUGACUUGGGGGACACCGCCGCGGUG